GUCGAAGCAAAGCCGCCGACCCAGCGCAAACACAAACCCGACCGGCCCCAAGAGCGAGCCGGAAGCACCCGUCCUCCAAUCCUUUUCCCCCACACUCCUCCAGAACCUUCCUGCCUUCCCCGCCCGCUAGCCGCCGCCGCCGCCGCCGCGUCUCCCCUCGCCGCGGAAACCCUAGCCGCGCCCCCACGUGCCUCGCCGCCGACCAGCCGGUUCAGAUCUCGAGGACCGCCCGGCCAGCCGCCAUGGAGGACUGGGAUGCUGAAGAUUUUCAACCAGUUGCACCUAUUGCGGAACCCAAGCUUAAAAGUAACUGGGAUGAUGAAGAUGUGGAAGAAGAUGAUGUAAAAGAAUCAUGGGAAGAGGAGGAGGAAGAGAAACCUAAGCCACAGCCUGUAGAAAAGCCUGCUCCAAAACCUAGUGCUAAAAGUGCUGCAAAAAAAGGCAAACAGCCAUCGACAAGUACUGAAGUAGUAGAAGAUGAGGUUCUUGAUGAUCCUGCUAAAGAAAAGCUUCGCCAACAAAGGCUAGUGGAAGAAGCUGAUUUCAAGUCAACAGCAGAGCUUUUCGCAAAGAAGGAUGGCAGUGAAAAGUCAUUAGAUACUUUUAUCCCCAAAUCUGAGAGUGACUUUGCGGAAUAUGCAGAGCUUAUUGCAAACAAACUACGUCCCUAUGAGAAAAGUUUUCACUAUAUGGGUCUACUUAAGAAUGUCAUGAGACUUUCCAUGACAUCGUUGAAAGGUGCGGAUGCGAAGGAAAUAGCUUCGUCCGUCACAGCAAUUGCUAAUGAAAAGAUCAAGGCUGAAAAGGAAGCUGCAGCAGGCAAAAAGAAACAAGGAGCCAAAAAGAAGCAGCUCCAUAUAGAGAAAGGAGAGGAGGACUUUGUUGCCCGGCCUGGUGCGGGUUCUUAUGACGACCCGGACGAGUUCGACUUCAUGUGAUUGUCUGGGCGGGGAAAUAGCUUCUUCUAUGUAUACCUUUGAGGCGAGCAGAGAUUAGAGUUUGCGGCAGCCUGUAACCCCCCUUGAGAGGCACCUGAACGCAUGCAUGGGAAACAUUUCCAUCUAUUAUUUGAGGUCGAUUUUGGCACCUGGAUAGUAAGAAAACCAUUUUUGCGGCAUUGAUGCGCGAGAUGGUUUUCUUAUAUCCUUGAUCUGUCUGUCUUUUGACUCUUGUUAUUGUGGGUUGGUAUUUUUUGGUAAACUGUACUAUAACGUGUUCCUCUCUCUGGUUAUAAAUUAUAAUGGAGUCGUGCAAGUAAA